AUGCCACUCAUUCAAGGUUUCUCCAUCGACACCAUUGUCAACCUGGCAAAGGCCACUGUCCUCAACCCGCUCGCCCUCAUCGUUUUCCUGGGCUACAAGGCUCGCGAGGCAGAUGGAUGGCCCGAGCGCACUGGCCUCGUCACGACCGCCUAUGCUUUCCUGAGCAUCUACGCUACGACUUGGCUUAGCAACAGGUGGAGGAACGGCCUGAUCCCCCAGCGCCGGCUCAACAGCAAGACAUGGCCAAACGAGAUUGUCCUCGUCACCGGCGGUGCUCAAGGUAUUGCCAAGAGCCUGAGCGAAAAGCUCGCCGCAAAGGGCGCAAACGUGGCCGCCCUCGACAUCGUCGACUUCAAGAGCAGCCACCCGAACAUCAAGGCGUACAAGUGCGACAUUUCCAACUACGACGACCUCAAGAGGAUCCGAAGCCAGAUCGAAAAGGACUUUGGGGGCCAUGUCACCAUGGUCGCCAACGUCGCUGGCCUCAACAACAAGUCGCUCAUUCUCGAUCUCACACCAGAACGGGUGUCGCGGAUGAUUGACGUCAACCUCAAGAGCCACUUCUGGACGGCUAUGCUCUUCCUGCCGGCCAUGGUCAAGGCCAAGCGAGGUCACUUUAUGAGCGUCGCCUCCACCAUGGGUUUCGUCGGCAUCUGCCACCAGUCCGAUUACGUGGCCACCAAGCAUGCCCUCGUUGGAAUGCACGAAAGUCUCCACUAUGAGAUGCAAAAGAUGUACAAGACACCAAAAGUGCGCAUGUCGACGGCCAUCAUUGGACACACCAAGACAGGUCUCUUCGAGGACUUUGAUGUUGGUCCCCUUGGCCGAUUCCUCGGCCCCAAGCUCGAGCCAUCGGACGUGGCCGACCAGAUGCUGGACGCCUUCGAGUCGCAGGAUGGCAAGAUGAUCCUGACGCCGUUCAUGAACAACCUCACGCCCAGCAUCAAGGCCCACCCUUGGUUCACCCGCGACCUCAUCCAGGCUGCUGCAGGUGGCGACGGCUCCUACCCCUCGCGGCCCUCGGCCUCACAGCUGGCUUCGUCCGCCUAA